ACACAAGUGUCUAUCUAAUUCUUGUUCAUCUUCCGAUUGAAUCAGUUAGGGUUUUGUAUAAGGUUGCAGUCAAUAAAACAUCCGUAAAAUUAGAUUUGAGUGAAAGUUUGGAUGGAUCCUUCAGCUCUUCAGUCCCCAGAAUUGCAGAAUUUUCUCAAUCAAGAGAAGGAAAGGGCCAUGAUCAAUGAAAUGGUUGGAAAGCUUACAAGUGCUUGCUGGGAUAAAUGUAUCACUGGAACACCUGGAAGCAAGUUCAGCUCCAGUGAAACUAAUUGUCUAACCAACUGUGCACAACGCUAUAUGGAAAUGAGCCUCAUGAUUGUCAAACGGUUUCAGAACAUGCAGUGAAGAGCAAUUAGCUGCAUAAUACGCACACUUUCCCAUUCCUUUGUGCCAAUGAAACUAAAAUGUACUUCCAUUUUAGGUGGUAGCAAUUACAAUUCUCACAAAGAACUAUUCUCAAUACACUUGUUGUGCGAUUUAUGGAUGUUUUCUGUUCCGAGAUGGUUAAUUUACUAACAGCAGAUGGAUGGCAUCUCUCUUUUGGGAAUUUGAAGUGUAGAUUAAUAAAUUGAUUAGUUCAGUUUUUUUGGA